CCGGCGUUGGCCACUAUCGAGAUGUCUCCCUAGGUGAUAUACUUUUGAUCACGACGCCUCUGAAGGUUUCGUAUGAGUAUGUUUUAUAAUGUAUUUUGGAGGCUCGGGAUGAAAUGAAUGCAAGGUGAACUCGAGCUUACUGUAGGGCUGGGUCAACAAGCGUCGAACUCGUCGAAGACGUAUCCGCGCUUACGUCAUACUGCCAUAUAUAGUCAUCUUGCACCCUGUUCACGAUGUUGUCGCGUCUGCUGGGCAUUCGUUCUCUUCCUCGCUUACGCUCUACAACGUUGCAAUCGGCACAAGUGUUGUCGGCGACACGCUUCAGUGCUCAACAACAGCCAUGGACGCGUUCGAUCAUGAUGACGCGCCCGGUGCUCCUUGCGUCGAAGAAGGAGACGACAACCAAGGCGACGCGCAGCACGGCUACAGGACGAGUGAGGAAGACGGCGGCUAAGCCUAAAGAAAAAAAGACUACCAAGGCUGUCAAGGCUGCAAAGCCUAAGAAGCCUGAAGCAACUAAGGAGCCAAUUGCGAUUCUCAAGGUCCCGAAGAGACCUGGUCAGCCGUUCACCCUAUUCGUGCAGCGAUUCGCCAAGGGUGUCAAGCCUAGGGAGGGCGAGAAACCCAUCGACGCUGGUAAGAGGUCUUUCAUAGAGGCAGCUCAGGUCUGGCGCAACAUGAGCGAGGCAGAGAAACAGCCCUUCCGCGAUGAGAACGAAGCGGCGAAGAAGGAAUUCGAGAACGUGAAGCAGGAGUUCUUUGCUAACCUCGACCCCGUUGCUUUGAGGAGGUACAACGAGAAGCGGGUCGCUAAGGGCAAGCCGAAGUUACAUCGACCUGCUGGCACGUUUGCAAAGCGACUGACUGCAUACAACAUGUUCCAGUCUAACCUUUUCGCUCACUGGAAAGGAGAGCACCCCACCUUUGGUGAGUAUUCCAGGGAAACUGCACGAAGGUGGAAGGCGAUGUCGGAUGAGGAAAAGGCGCCUUUCCAUGAGUUGCACAAGAAGCAUGUUGCCGAACGAGAGAAGAGCUUCGCUUAACUUUUAAGUGGUUUGGCCCUCAUAUGAUCUCCAUUAUGUUGGUCUUUUGGGGCGUCAUGUACAUAUACUCCUAUAAUCGUGCCGCUUUCGUUUCCCGAAUAAUCAAGCUACAAGUGCUCUUGGUGUUGCUUCCACUCGACUGCAGGCUGAAACGCGAGACUCAAGCGCCCAAUCUCGUACAAAGGCAGAUAAUAAGCACACUCAGGAUCA